CCACUGGUGAGACAACCACCAGGGGUUGUCUAGAAGAGGCUCGCUCCCGCAGGGGGAGUGAGUCCCAUCAGUGGUUGUUUUGCCAAGCGCCGCAUCCACAGUCCACCAAUGGCUUUUCAUGGCCACAACAUGAAAUGGUCCUUCGAGCCGGAUGAGGAAUCCGGUACCUUCCGACGGAAUACCUCCGUCUUUGAGAGAGCGGAUCGGGAAGCAAAGUGAUGUGAGUGAGGCAUGGAGGAAGCUAAACGCGAACAAGAGAGGAUGAAACCGAAUUCAGCGAGUGAAUACCAGAGGCUUGAAGCGCUUUUUUACAUCCGUGGAUUGGCGCAGCGCAACAUCCAGCGAGUAAAUAUGGUUCUGAAACGAGCCAACCAGGAGAAAAUUUGUCUAACUGCAGCUCAAUUGAGAGUGUAUCAACGAACUGUCGAGUGCUCUAAGGCUGAGUACUCCAAGCACCACCAAGAUAUCAUCGCACUGUCGUCACCAGCCGAACGAGAGCAACAGGAUGACAGUUUCUUCGAGUUCGUGGCUCUUUAUGAAGAGGUGUCCAUGGCAAUCGAGAGUCGGCUUGAAUGGAUUCGAGCACUGCCAAUACAACAGCCACAGCCUGAUAGUUGCCAGCAACAAUUGGUCCCCCCAGAAGAGGCGAGUCUUCCACCGCAGGAUCGCAACAAGGUCGAGCGAUCCAAGCAAGCGGAUCCAGCAGAAGCAAAAUUCAUGCCAGGUUCAGCAGCUCGGGUUCGCAUUCCAGCAAGCGAGCCACUGACAAGCGAUGUGUCGCCGAACAUUGCUGAUUCGAACGUUCCAGAUAGUUCGUCGAAGGUUCCAGAAAGUUCGUCGAAGGUUCCAGAAAGUUCGACGACAACCACCAACCAGGACAACUUCUCACUUUCCGGUGGGGAGUAUGUUCAGUCCGACAAGCGGACUGAGAAGAGAGCGAGAGGGGAUGAACGCGAGAGGAGCGCCAGCCAAUCAGCGAGCAGCAGUCGACGGGGCGAAAAUAUAAAAACGCGCGCUCCCGCGCUUUGCGUCAUCAGUUUUUAUUCAACCACCAUCGCGGCAGCAUCGGUCCAGUGGAGUGGUCGACACAGGAGGAGGCGAACCAGCCAAGAAUGGUCUAAUCCUAGACCACCGGAAGCAGAGGCAAAAGUUGCGUGCCAGUAACAGUGCGAAACAAGUGUAAAUAGUAAACCGAGAGAAUAAAAUGUUCCAGUACUAAAUUGGUGUUGUUCCUCUGUGCUUCCUCCUCGCUUGCUUCCGAUCCAAUCGGCUCUUAUCAGAGCCCCCCUUAGGAGAGUUUAGUUUGGGAUCACUGCAAGCUAGUGAUCAACCGGCCUUGGCCUCCAGGCAGCCAGUCCGAGGACCUGCCUCCACUGGUGAGACAACCACCAGGGGUUGUCUAGAAGAGGCUCGCUCCCGCAGGGGGAGUGAGUCCCAUCA